UACGGUUUUGUCCUGUUAAGAUUAACGAGGAGUACAGGUGCAAAAAAUUGGACAGACAUGGGCUUUGAAUGUUUUCUAUUCGGGGCUCGAGCCUGCCGCGUUUGUUUGACACUGUAUCCACAAAAAGGUAUUUCGCAUGUGCGAAAUAUUGUGGUCAGUUCAAGACAAUAUGGGAAACUAUGCGGAAUGCCUCAGAAAUUCAAGACAGUUCCGAAACACUCACAUGCGUCAUUCGCUUUGGGUAAGACAGCAGUGGUUCAGUCGAGGAAUGUGUACUCUGUCACCGCCACUUCCGUGGCGAAAGACGUGAUCCUGUUUGAACACGACCGAACUCGACUCUUCAGGUUUUUGGCUGUAUUUUGUGGUGGUCAGCUACUCUUCUGGACAUACCUUGCCCACUUCGCCUACACGGGGCUAAGAGACACGCAGAAGCUUAGCGACCGGGAGAAAAGGGUUCGAACUGAAUUAGGAUUUCUAAAUUUUGACCUGAACCUCGGAUCUAGCGCGUGGAGAAUUGGCUUUACACUUGGCUGUCUCGGUGUGGGGUUUGGAAUCCUUGGACUGGGGCUGUUGUUCUCUCGUCGCUCCGUCAGUCGUGUUAUUUUGCAUAAAGGCGGCGGAAAAGUGACAGUCACAACACAGUCACCCCUUGGACCAGAUAGGGCCAGGUGUAUAACUUUGCCUUUGAGUCAAGUGAGCUGUCAUGCACACAGGCAGGAAUCCCCAUCUUACAUCCCUUUGAAAGUCAAAGGUUAUAAGUUAUACUUUCUCCUGGACAAAGAAGGGACAAUAAACAACCCUAGACUUUUUGACAUUACUGUUGGAGCCUACAGACGAAUCUGAGGUGUUUAUGUGUGUUCCUGUUAUUCUGUAAUUGUGAGGAUGUGUUUAGUUGCCUCUCCUUGUUAACAAACCAUGUCAGAAAUGUCUGAUCAAUAUAUGACAUCCUAUUAAAGUUUUGUAUGAAAGAUCCACUGUUUUGUGUAAACGAUGUGAUGUACACCUAUUGUUCACCAUCUCAUGACUGUGAAGUUGAUUGAAAGACCUGAAAAAUCUAUGCAAAUUUUGUGCUGUUGGUUUGCGAUGAAAAUGCAGUCACACCACAGGGGAGACAAGGCCUAAUACCCCAAUUACAGUGUUUCCCAGCUUCUUAGGAAGAGUCUCGCAAUAAAUAUCUAUUUCUGAACCACACUAAUAGUGAUAUCACAUUAUCACACUUAUAUAAUGCAUAUUUGUAGAAGAGACAUACUCCUUUCAAUCAGAUCUAGCACAACUAAGAUAUGGGAUAGAAUGUGCAAGAGAACUGUUGUACAGACUUCAGGUGGCGGGAUAGAUUUUUUUUAUUUACCUUCCAAUGAGGCCACAUUUUUCCUGCUUUGUGCCAUAUACAGACAGUAAAUUACCAUUCCCCUAACCUGAUCUUAUGAAUAUGAUUGUCUGAUCACGUGUGCAUUAA